AUGGUUCGUCUGCAAGUGACAACCGACAUGAGGCCAAUUGUUCAAACCUCACCCUAUGUUGGGGGAACAGCCAGCGACAAGUACCGAUUCACUGUUCUCGCAGACGGUGUCUUGAGAUACGAAUGGGCUCCGGACGGCAAAUUCGAAGACCGUCCGUCGGCAUUUGCUGCCCAGAGAGAGCAACACAGCAUUCCUGAUUUUCGAUUGCGAGAGACGGAAAGCUCGUUGGAAAUCGUCACUUCUCGCUUUCACAUGACGUACAAUAAGCAGGAAUUUACACCAUACGGAUUUUUUGCCGUUGUUCAUGGAUAUACCAAUCAUACUUGGCGAUACGGAGAGCAGGGAGAGAAUCUCGGAGGCACCUUUCGGACACUCGACAACAUCGAUGGUCGAGUUGGAGUUGAUCCUGGAGUUGUGUCUCGGGAUGGUUUUGCCAGCAUCGACGAUUCACAUACAAUGCUUUUCACAAAAGAUGGCUUUGUGGCUCCACGCCAACCUGGGAAGGACCGCAUAGAUGGAUACAUCUUUUGCUAUGGCCGAGAUUAUCGCGAAGCUGUACGGGCUCUGUACAAGAUAUCCGGUCCACAGCCGCUGCUGCCGCGUUGGACGCUCGGAAACUGGUGGAGCAGAUACUACGAAUACACUACCGAGUCGUACCUGGAGCUCGUGGAGUCGUUCAAGGACAUUCGUGUUCCGCUCUCGGUUGGUGUCAUUGAUAUGGACUGGCAUCUAGUCAAGGACCCUCGUGUCGCUGCUGCAGGUGUCACCGGGUGGACGGGGUAUACUUGGAACAAAAACUUGUUCCCCAAUCCAAAGACUUUCAUCAAGGCCCUUCAUGACAGAAAACUCAAGAUAUCUCUCAAUGAGCAUCCCGCCGAAGGUAUUGCCAACUAUGAGGAAAUGUACGCGGCCAUGGCGAAAGCCCUCAAGUUCGAUACGUCAAAUAAGGAAACCAUCCCGUUUGAUUGUGCGGAUCCGACGUUUUUGAAAGCUUACUUUGACAUUCUCAUUAAACACUUGGACGAUGAUGGCCCUGAUUUCUGGUGGAUCGAUUGGCAGCAAGGUCCGUAUUCUCGACUACCGGGCAUUGAUCCAUUGUGGGUGCUGAAUCAUUUUCACUAUCUGCACAAUGAGAGACUUCAGGCUGAGCGAAAGCCAAGUGAUGGUGGUGGUAGUCGCCCAAUUAUAUUUUCUAGAUAUGCUGGACCAGGCAGCCAGAGGUAUCCAGUUGGGUUCUCGGGCGACACUGUCAUUUCCUGGGACUCACUCAACUUCCAGCCCGAGUUUACGGCAACUGCGAGUAAUAUUGGUUACGGGUGGUGGAGUCAUGAUAUUGGGGGCCAUAUGCUAGGCCUUCGGGACGAUGAUCUCACGGCCCGUUGGGUACAGCUUGGCGUUUUGUCCCCCAUUAUGAGACUGCAUUCCACGAAAACGAGAUGGGUCUGCAAGGAGCCGUGGAAGCUCCCUGCUGGCUCUGGUGACGGCCCCCGAGAUGUGGUUACCAAGUUUAUGCGUUUACGCCAUCGGCUGAUUCCCUACCUGCAUACCAUGAAUGCGCGUGCUGCUGAAGAGGGCUACCCGUUGAUUCAGCCCAUGUACUGGGAGUAUCCGAAUCGCGAUGAAGCUUACAAGGUCCCGAACCAGUAUUACUUUGGUACGGAGAUGAUUGUCGCCCCAAUCACGUCGCCGCAGAAUACGACUACCAAGACUGGCAAAGUCAAGGCAUGGCUACCACCCGGCCGGUAUGUUGACUUCUUCACUGGCGUUGUCUACGAUGGCGACAGGUUCUUGUGGUUGAAUCGUACGCUGGACAGGGCGCCUGUGCUGCUGAAGCAGGGGGCUAUUGUGCCACUGGAUGCAAAUUUGGAGCCUGGAAACGGGUGUGACAACCCUGAUGGAUUUGAAGUUGUGGUGGUGGUUGGUGCUGAUGGCAAGUUUGAUUUGCUGGAAGAGGACGAUGCGAGUCAAGAGAAUGCGCAGCGCAAGCCAGUUUCCUGGAUCAAAACUUCCAUCUCUUUCACUCAAUCAACAGGUACAAUAUCGAUCCAAACACCUGGGAAAAGCAAGUUCUCGAAAGCUCGAGACUGGAACAUUCGUCUGCUAGGGUACAAACCCAAGGGCUUCCCAGAGGUACAAGUCAAUCAGAAAUCUGUCCGCAUGGAAAGCACACCAGAAGACAACGGAGUGUUAGUAAAGGUGGGCGAGAUUCCUCCGGGCGGAAACGCAAUUAUUAAGAUUGGGCCGGUUGUCGAGCCGUCCGUCAAUGACCCUCUAGCUUUGGCGGACCCGAUUGUGUUUGCUGCACAAAUCGGCUACAAGACCAAGGAGGCUGUUGAUGAUAUUUUGAGUCCAAAGGGUGUGUCUGGUGCAGUGCGGGCUUCACAGGUAGAUGCGACUGACAUGGAUGCCGACUUGCGACUGGUGUUGAAGGAGUUUUUGCUGGCGGAUAGCCGGACGUGA